AUGGAGGCGGAACGCUACGAGUAUAUGCAAGAGUAUACACAGAUAUACGAUUUUCCUGGGAAAUCGAAAAGUGCUGUAUGGAAGGACUUUGGAUUUUAUAAAUCACCCGAUACUGGGUGUUUAGACAAAACCAGUGCUGUGUGUAAGAUCUGCUGCGCUCUCGUGAAAUACUGUGGCAACACAACAAACCUCCAUACCCAUCUCGCCAAACAUCGACCGAAACAGUACUGCAGGACCAUCAAAUAUGACGACGUCGUCAUGUCUAUCGACGAAUCCAGCUUUAAUCGUGGCGGAAGUAUCGGGUCAUCCCGUAGUCCCCCAAACUCCGAGACAGUGACCGCGACGAUCACGUGUGGGUCUCCCCCGGGGAACUUCCCGACGGUACAGACCAUGUUGAUGAACAGCAAUCAUGCCCAGGCACUAAACAAUUCAUUGACAGAGUACCUGAUAUCGAAUCUACUUCCGCCCAGCAUGGUGGAUAACACCGCCUUCCGGAACAUGAUGAGAGUAGCCGACCAGGGGUAUAAUAUGCCCCCGAGUCAAUACUUCGCCGAAUCAGUUAUUCCACAGCGUUACAACGAAAUAAAGCAAAACAUUCAAGGACUACUGGCAAAUACAGAAAAUGUAACGAUAUCGUCCGACGUGUGGAGAUCAAACAUUACCGAUACAGAGUACGUAACGCUUGUAGUACACGUUAUAGACUGUAACUGGGAAACACAUUCCUUUACGCUUUGCACACUGGAAAUGGACGAGGACUCUAACCGAAUGUCCACAACUCUACAAACUUUACUGCAGCAAUGGAGAGUUCCGGCGGCACCGAUUAUGGUGACUAACAGUGACUCAAGGGUAAAAUCUGCAACCGAUAUUCUUGGUAUUAGGAACAUUUCCUGUCUUGGCAAUGCCAUAAAUAUGGCAGCUAAUGAUGUGCUGUCAUCAACAGGAGUGUCAAGUGCCAUUGCGAAUUGUCGAAACUUUAUUAAGGCGUUGAAUCGAAACGGUCACGACAAGGCAAAAUUCAGAAAGACGCAACCGGAAGCAGAAGAUAUUGAACUCGACAUAACCGGGAAAUGGACAACCACAUUUGACAUGUUGCUUAAAAUAUGCAAGAAAAACGAAGCGAUUCAGUCUAUCGAACAGAGUGACAUUUUCAGCGCAGACAUCAAGGCACAUGUCCCGGAUUCGGAAUCGAUUGAAAAAGCGAAAUCGAUCAAAAAUGUUUUAAGACCGCUUAGAAUGGCUGCCAAACUCCUGUCGGACCAGGGACCGUCGACCGCUUCCAUGAUACUUCCGGUACUGCGCAAACUCCAGUUGACUUUAGCUGUUAAGGAUGAAGACCAAGACUAUAGUACACAACUAAAGCGAAGGAUACUAGAUAUUCUAGCGAACUUGUAUCAGGACUCUAAUGUCAGAGAAUGCUUAUUAGUCAGCUCUAUUCUUGAUCCUAGAUACAAAGAUUUGAAUUUCGUUGAUGCAACCGAGCGCAAACAAGGCAGAGCUGAGCUUGCUGAUGAGGCAACCGUACUGUACCGAAAAAGCAAGGGUGAACAUCAUGUUGAUUUGAUAGGAUGUGACAUUAAACGUGAACCGGGGUUAGAAAGUACUUGUGCUUCUGUCUCAAAUAGCUCUAACGCUGCGCAAAUGUUCAAAGAAGCUUCGCCUGCAAAACGUCCACGAAUCGAACAGGACAUUGGCGACGAUGACGAUUGGCUUGCGGAUGUUGUGUGUAUAAAACCCGAACCCAAAAAGAAUAAAACGUCACUCGAGGAAACGGUACUAGCAGAGAUUGACCGAUACGUGUCUACAGAACAGACGACGACUCCACCAUUACAGUGGUGGAAGAAUCGAGAGGCAAUGUACCCAAUAUUGUCCAGACUGGUAAAGAAAUACCUGUGUAUAGGGGCCACUAACGAACAGUAUGACAGAACUGUCAGUUCGGACCUUCAACAAAGAGCAUGGUUUAAUCAGCGCGCAAUGCUACCACGGGACUGUGUCGAUAAGAUGGUGUUCCUCAACAAAAACUUCUUUAAAUUCUAG